AGGAUGCAUGAAAGGUGGAUUUAUAUCGUAUAAUUUUUUUUAUAUAAAGCAUGUGCCUUUUAUUUGAAAUAUUGAGUCAUGUAAAAUUUUGUACAUCCAUACAAUGCGUGAACAUCUCCAAAGUUUGUGUGAUUUUUAUCUUUAAUGCGGAGGUGUUGCAGAUAAAGACAAACCCGCAGGUAUUUAAAUAUUAAAGCAGCGGUAUAUGCAGAGGGAAUGAAAUAUAACAGGAAGUUGCAUUACUGUCCCAAGAAACCUAGAUAAUGGCCCGAAACGCAAGUACUAGAGAUAACUGAUAAGGAAGUCAUAGUCCUUUUGAUAGGAGGAGCUAGUUCAACCGACGGUGACGACAAAUAUAGAGCAAUAUUUCGUGGAGAAGAAAUCUGCAUCUAGCUGUCUAAAACGGACGAGUUGAAUAAGUUGUUCGGGGAGCAGACAGGAGCGGAUAGUUAGAAGACCAGAGCAGACGACCUGGUGAGGUGAGCAGACGACCUGGUGAGACAGAGUGAAAAAGCAAGAUCUAAACUGAUGGAGGGACAUUCGGUAUUUACGGAUCUUAGUGAUCCAAGAAGACCACAAAAGCUUUCAGAAAUGUUCAGCGAAAUAUACGACAAUCAGUGGACAAAUGCGUUUGAAUGUCUCAGUUUGGAGGCAAAGACUGGCGGCGACCAAAGUGAUCGUGCCAUUAUAAAACGAUUACUGGAUAUCAUUAUGGACUGUUACGAGUUUUGCAAAAAGGAAUCAGAGAAACAGAGGAAACGACUAAUGACGUCAUUAUUAUGUUUCGAUGAUGUGGAGACGGAUCCAUCAAAAAUGUUGUCCCAACUUACUCUGACAAAGCUCAAUGAUUUCAUUAAAAGCGUUGCUCCAGAACUGGUGACGCACGUUCAACGUAAAUUUCCCAAAAAGGAACAGGUUGCAGCACUGCAAAUUUACCAGGAUCGAUGUCUAGAAUGUUGCUGGUACGCUUGCAUCCAAACUCCUUCAUUAUACCUUCGCGCAGAUUUUGAAGUUUUUGACAAAGACAGCCACAGAGGAUAUCAGGAUCAAGGAACGCAUGUUGACUUCGUUGUCUGGCCAGCAUUAUAUAUCAGUCAAAACGGUGCACUUCUAAACAAAGCUGUCGUUCAGGGUUGCAAUGAAAAUAAGGGAGAUCAAAAUAACAGAACAGCAGUUUCUUCAAAGGGUGACUUAUCUGCAAAGCACGAACCGAAUAAUAAUAUUGUUUCAUCAAACUCAGAAAAUGAUGUUGAAGGAAAGCAUGUCGCUAGAAUUCAGAUUGGUUCAAAUGACGGACAUGGAAAUAUCAAAGCAAAUGCCGAUAAAUCUGCAAGCCAGGAUUCAACAUCUGGGAAGCAGUCCUCUGUUUUAUUCGGUAUAUCUCCAAAAGACCUAGAAAAUAAAAAAUCUUUGUUGAAGGAAACAAAAUCUUUCGAAUCCCCCAAACAAGAGAGAAAAUCUACAAGACAAGAGCAGACAAAUCCACCGGAGAAAAGGUUUUCAUCCCAAGACCCUAAUUUGAGGAGAACACCUUCAGCAAUACUGGAUGUUUCCGCUGAAGAGCUUGAGGACAGGAAAUCAACACUGAAAGAGACAAAGUCCACCGAGUCCAAACAACAGCCCAAACAAAUUGGAAAUUUUAAUUUCGGUUAAAAUGACUGAAUUAUCAUACAUAUAUAUUGUGCUUAUUUCCAAUUUAAGACAGAAUUUUAAUAGACUUGCAAUUAAGGUAGCUCAUUACACCAAAUUUUUAUAUAAUGGCUCGUUACAACAUCUCUUAUGAAGUAUGAUUUCACCAUCGAAAAAGUUAUACAAGCUUUAAAGUAUUUUAUAUAAUUUUUUGUGUGAUUUAUCCCGGAAUGAUAAAAAUGGUACUUUGUUUGCAAAUAAGAUACUCUAGAGUCCAACUUUCGCUGUGAUUUGAAGCAUAAUAUGAAUAUCUAAGAAAACAUGCCUAAACGACUCGGAUAGACUCUCAACUUUUUAAAUAAAAAAUAUUUAUGAAAAUUGAAAACGUUAUUUGCUAAUAAUUUUUAAAUCUACGGAUAAAAUCUUUAAAAAAACCAUGUCAUUUAGAAAAACGAUAUAUCAGAGAAAUAUAUAUAUAUAUUUUAAAAAACUUGAAAUGAAAUGGUCAAAAUUCAGAAAUAUUACGAAUUUUCUAAUAUGAACCAAGCCCGAUCGGAAUUAUAAAAAAGUAGCCAUAGAGAACAUUGUAAUCAGAAAACUUGAUGUAAAAUGGUUUACAAAUUAAAAGGAUUUAUAAAGGAAACUAAUUUCAUGAUCAACAGUGCAUACAAUUAGCAACAAUAUGAUUUCUAUCAAUUUUGAUCGGGAUCGGUACUUUUUUCUCCAGUUUAAAUAUAGUAAUUAUACAUGUACCUAAAAUUUGGUCAUUUUGUUUCAAUUUCCUUUUAAAAUAUAUUUCUUCGAUAUAUCUCUUUUCUAACUGAUAUGUGUUUUGAAGAUUUUAUCCGUAGAUUUAAAACAUAUUAAGAAAUAUUUCAUAGAUAUUUUAUCUAACAAAUUAGAACGUUUAUAUCUUAAUCCUUUAGGCAUGUUUUAUUAGAUAUUCAUAUCAUGCACGAAAUCACAGCGAAAUUUGGACUCAAGAAUCCCUUAUUUGCAAACUAAACGCUUUUUUAUCAUUCCGGGAAAAAUCACACACAAAAAAAAAAAAUCAUAUAAAAUAAUUGAGAGCUUGUAUCACUCUUUCGAUGGUGAAAUAAUACUUCAUAAGAGGCGUUUUAACGAGGCAUUAAGUAAAAUUUUAGUUCAAUGAGCUACUUUAAAUUUAGCUUACUUUUAAAAUUUGGAUCAAUCUUUUAUGAAAAUCAUAAGUAAAAUGUGCAUGACUGUAUAUUCCGCAAGGUGUUAAAUUUGGAGCUACGAUGCUUAUGUAUAUUAUAUGUAACACUUUUUAAUUGAAAUUUGAAAACGACAUCUUUACCUACUUAACUUUUAACAAAGAAACUAUUGUUUCCUAAUAUCAUGAAUUAGUGCUCCAAGUCUGAUAAAAAUAAUUAUGACAUAGUUAUAAUCUAGGGUGGGCUACAAAGUAACAAUAUAGUGAAAUAUUUUGACCAGUGAAUUCAUGUACCAAUAUUCGGUACUAGGAGUACAUGGUGCCUAUGAGUGAUAGAUAGGUGAAACUAUUGGAUAUGUUAAAAUAUGAAAAGGGAGAUUCAGUUCCAUGUCCAACCUGUUCAUUACUGUAAUAAACAUAAUAUCUACA